AGUCGGACGCUUAACCGAGUGAGCGACCCAGGUGCCCCUAAAUAAAUAAACUUUAAAAAACAAUAACAUAAAACCGCAGGAGGAAGGUGAGAUAUAAGCUGGAUCAUGCCGUUUUACCCUUUAUGGCCCUUCUAGCCUGUUCAUAUGAGUUAAUAUCAAUUACCUUAUAUUGUUCCUUAUCUGAUUUGAGUAUGUUGGUCUGGUUUCCACAGAUUUGUAAACUUGGGGACUUCUUUAGUACCCUCUAGAACAGUUUCUAAAGUUCAGAGAAAAAGCUUUAAGACACAUUCCUAGAAAUCUUUCUGAAUCUUUUUGGGGGAAAUAAAAGCAGAUCAUAGUCUCCCCCUAGAGCUAUUUAUUACUUACAGCUUCAUCAAAAUCUAAUGUACAGUCUGUGAUGAAGGAGACAGAAAGUGGUGAGUAUGUAGGAGGGAGAGAAAGACAUUAAUUAACAGAUGGAGGGAAAACCUAGUGCAAAAAACUCAAGUUGAUGUGAGACAAAUGCGUGAAGCUAGAUUUUCCGUAUUGCUUCACUGGAUCCAAAAUACAGAAUGAAACCAGCCCAGUUAUAAAAACCAGACCUUAUUUGAAAGAGACCUAAAUGAUACUGUCAGAGUUUAGUUAUUGGCCAAGUGAGACUACCUGAAAACAAGCAGUAUUCGCUUGUGGCCUGUAAUAAUGUUUUUCCCAUGUUUUGGGAUAGAGAAGGUCUUAUCACCACCAGAACAUUUGCCAAGCGCAUUGACAUCUUGGGAAGUCAUUCUGCCUAUUUUGAGGUCACCUAGUUCCUGAGGGGCGGAAGUUUUUUUUUUCAGGAGAUAUUUCAUUAAUGGUCUAAUGAUAGUAACAGUUCAAUAGCACCGUUUUCUUUUCAAGAACUGAAAAAAAUUUUUUUCAAGUUCUGAUUUGUCUUUAUGGUAACCUGUGAGGUUGGAACAGAAGUAUAUUGAUUAUCUGGGUAGCCACAAUGUCUUUCCUGUAUAUUUGAGACCAAUCAAAGAACUCUGUCCCACUUAUCUCAAAACUGACUGAUUAAUUGACCAAUCCUUCCAAAAAUGUGGAGAUGUUUUAUUUCUGGCAUAUCACAUUCACUUUGCCAGCAAAAUUAUUUUCUUCAGAAACAAUGACUAUUGCAUUUACUUUUAGAUAUGUUUGAUAAACUCAGUGUUUAAAAUAUGCCCCAUAAAACACUGGUCUCUACGUGUGCUGACAAAGAUCAUUAUGAUUUAUAGAGAUUAGAAAUGAAAGUCAAAAGACAAAGUAACAGAAAAACAGUAAACACAUAAAUCAAAGUAACCCUAAAUGCAAAUGGAAGGAAAUAUAAGAUGGCAUAAUGAUAAGACUAUGUAAGGCAAAAGAUUAAGAAAACCCAUUAAAUUUAUGACAAAUAACUAAGAAAGACCAUUUUGAGUUGACAGCUUUCUCCAUAAUUCUACUGCAAUGGUUUCCAAAAUAUUGAGUAAAAUUUCGUAUUUCUGAUUAGCUAAGUACUGGAAACAUGCCCUCUAAUGGGACACAUGUGGAUAUAUGGAAUAAGUACAAAAAUAUUAUGGAAUUUGAGCUUAAUAUAGAUUAAAUAUGUUUUCGUUAUAUCAUAAAUCAUGAAAAAUACAGAAUUGUAAUUUCUUCAUCUGUCAUCUCCAGAACUUCGGGAGUUUUGACAUGUGUGAGCAGAAUAUAGUGCAGAGAGAUUUACAUGUCAGGAUCACAGUUUUUGUUUUGCUGACUCUGGAUUGUUUUUCACAGUUCUUGACUCGUGGACUCUAAACAAUGAUAAUAAUAACCAGACAUACCAUGAUAUCAUUACUAAAAUUGGAGUCUGGCCCAGAUUGGAAAACUAAUGGUAAUCAUGAGACCUUGCUUAUUUUGAGUGCCUACUGUAUGCCAAGUGUAAACUUAUUUGCCAUGUAUAAACUUACGGAAUCCUCUCAACAGCCCUACUAUACAUAUGAAGAAACUGAGACACGGAGACGUUAAGUAACUUACUCAAGCUCACACAGCCAGGAAGUGGCAGACCUGGGAUUUGAACCCAGGACUUCUGGCUCCAGAUCCCACACUCUAAACUUCACUGUAAGGCAGUACCUCACACACUGUGGUAUUUUUGCACUACAGUUGGUGAUGUGCCCAAGACCCUUCGCGUUCUUUUCAUGUUAUCUGUCCUAUCUCUUUGGAUUUCUUUUGUUCCUGUUCUGAUGCAGCAACAGAACACUUUUUGAUUCAGAGAAUAUGGUGCCCUUAAUGAAUCAUCAGGAUGUCCAUGGAUAUUUUCAGGGACUUUCUGUGGAGAUCUCAGUUUUUAGUUCUGAGUCAGCCUACUAGAAUGAUUUGAUAGUUAUGGCGUAUGACUCCUGCAUACAAUUACAAGAAUGAAAAUCCUCAACCACAUCGCUGGUGGAGAAGAAAUGAACCAACGUUUUUGGAACACGUAGCCUCUGUUUUUCCAAGUAAUGCUCAUCAGCAUCAGUUCUUUUAAAAUAGAGCAUCCUUAAAGCAUCACACAUGUACAAGGGCAAGAGCAAGAGAGUCCCAUUGUAGAAUGCAUGUGAGUAUUAUAAACCAGAUGAAAUCUUAACUCCGUAGUGGCACAGUUACUUUAAUAGAUUGGAUUAUUCUGAAGACAACCAGUGACCCUCUUCCUUCCAUGUAUUUGAGUCCUAGUAUGUGCCAGAAUCCCCGUUAUGUGCAAAGGACACAGAAAUGAAUAAAACACCUUCCUUGCAUGCAGGGGGCACCCAAAAUACUUCUCUCUUCUCUGCUCAAUCUUUUUCUCUCUCAGUUUUGCAUGAUUGUGCUGCCACAUUGAGAUCUAGUUCAGCCGUUUCAUAAUGCCCCCACCCAAGGUUCAAAGUGCUUUGGUGAAAUAACAUCGACUUUUACCCUGAAAUCCAUGGAAAUAUGAAGUUUACUGUUUUGUUCUCCCUGAUAAGAGAUAGCAUAAUAACUAGUUGCCGGGUGACUGCAUAAAACACAGGCCCCAAAUGCAGCCGGUGAAGAGCAGUUAGCAAUUAAGUAAAGGAAAUGACUGGUGGGUUUGAAACUCAACACACUGCCCAUGUACUUGUUAGCGUAGGGAGGCCUCUGGGUUGCUCUGACAACUUUUAUCACUAAGGAAAUAGUUUUGGUGACUCAUGCUCGUACAGAACGACUUCUUUCAAAAUCUGUGUUUUCGGUGACCUUACCAUUAUGCUUCUGUUUUCCUUUUUCUUUGGACGGGGACAGAAAAAGCUUCAUUUGGAUGGCAUGGGUUUAUUACUCAGUAGCAUAUUAUUCGCUGGCUGGCUCAUGUUUUGAAAUUUAACGGACUCAGUGGUGAUCAGAGUAAAAGAAAGCUGUAUUCCUGCACAAGUGGUGGCUGCCAUUGACGUAAACACUGUCGCUAAUGAAGUGUACGCGUACAAUUUUCCUCACACUCAGUUACUGGCCAAGACAAUUGAAAAUUGGCCUGCAAGGUGAUGUGACUGAUCCAAGGACAAAUAGCCUCUUACAUAUUCUAGAUAUUCUCCCAAGAUUACAAAAAUUACCGAAAUACAUUCUUUUAGAAAAUGUUAAAGGUUUUGAAGUAUCUUCUACAAGAGACCUGUUAAUACAAACAAUAGAAAAUUGCGGUUUUCAGUACCAAGAAUUUCUAUUAUCCCCAACCUCUCUCGGCAUUCCAAAUUCAAGGCUACGGUAUUUCCUCAUUGCAAAGCUUCAGUCAGAACCAUUGCCUUUUCAAGCUCCUGGUCAGGUGCUGAAGGAGUUCCCCAAACUUGAAUCUGAACAUCCAGAAAAAAAUACAAUAGUUGCAGAAAAUAAAAUUGAAAGAAAGAAAAUUGAUCCAAAUAUUUGCUUUGAUAAUGGCAGACAAUGUUCUGGAAAAGAAGCCAUUCUUUUUAAGCUUGAAACUAUAGAAGAAAUUGACCGGAAACAUCAGCAGGACAGUGAUCUCUCUGUGCAGAUGCUAAAAGAUUUUCUUGAAGAUGACAUUGACACGAAUCAGUAUUUUUUGCCACCAAAGUCACUGUUGCGAUACGCUCUUUUGUUAGACAUUGUUAAGCCCACUUGCAGAAGGUCCACAUGCUUUACCAAAGGUUAUGGAAGCUACAUAGAAGGGACAGGAUCUGUGUUGCAGACCUCAGAGGACGUGCAGAUUGAGAGUGUCUACAAAUCCCUCACCAAUUUGUCACAAGAAGAAAAGAUAACAGAAUUAUCAAUGCUUAAACUUCGGUAUUUCACUCCUAAAGAAAUAGCAAAUCUCCUUGGAUUUCCUCCAGACUUCGGAUUUCCUGAGAAGAUAACAGUGAAACAGCGUUAUCGUCUACUUGGAAAUAGUCUCAAUGUGCAUGUAGUAGCUAAACUAAUCAAAAUCCUAUAUGAAUAAUUUAAAAAUAACUCUGAAAGAUGGUCACAUUAUUUAUUCAUAUCCAGAUAGUAAUUCUUAAAUUCUAUUUUGAAUUGAUUUUGAUGAAAUUUAACUAAACUCUCUUUAUCUCUCUUGAAA